AAACAAACGCCGGAAGUUCGUGGAGCAAUCCUCAUUAUGUAUUUCUUGUUCAAUGUUGGUAAUAAGACGUAAUAGAUCGAACGAUAUAAGAUUUUCGCUGAUGUAACAUCAAGAUGUACCUAUCAAUACAAUUGAUUUACCAAAUCAUCGAUCAUCGAUUCAAAGUUUUCAAGAUUUUCAUCCUGAGGAAAACCUUAUGGAUAUUUUUCUGAACCCGACAUCAGUCAUUUCAAAUGAUCACGCGGUGAUCGGCAAUAUCAUCGAUUCGGAUUUGAAGACGGAAGAUGUGAAUUAUGAGUUAUAUACGAAGGAUAAUAAAGAGCAAUCUGUUUCUUUACGAGUGGGUGAUAGCGCACAACUGAAAGACUUGCCGUUUAAUUCAACAUGGCCAACCAAGAUCAUCGUUCACGGAUGGAUGGAUAAUGGAAAUACUUUUUGGCUACAUAACAUUCGACGAAAUUAUCUUAGCGUUGGAUAUUAUAAUGUAAUUUGCGUAAAUUGGUCCGCCGGUUCAACUAAAGAAUAUCUAACAUCUGUCAGACUUAUUCGCCAGGUAGGAGAAUAUGUAGCUGCGUUUAUAGAAUUUCUUGUAUCGGAAGUUCAAGUUUCUUACGAUGAUGUCCAUAUACUGGGGCAUAGUUUAGGCGCCCACGUAGCCGGAUAUGCUGGUAAUUAUGUGACGGGAAAACUCGGUCGAAUCACCGGACUUGAUCCGGCUGGACCAGCGUUCGAGACACCUUAUCUGAAAGAUGCAGAAGAGCGGCUGGAUUUUACAGACGCCAAUUUUGUCGAUAUUAUACACACUUGUGCCGGUAGUCUGGGCAUUCUCAGACCCAUUGGCCACGUAGAUUUUUAUCCGAACAGCGGAACGUUCAGGCAACCCGGAUGUCCAGUACUUUCAUCCCAAUACUGUAGUCAUGGUAGAUCGCACCAAUUUUUUGCCGAAUCUAUCGUGCAUGCUGACGGCUUUCCCGCUCUACAAUGCGCCAAUUGGAUAGAUUUUCAAUUUGGUAAAUGUAGCAAUAAUUUCACUGUGAUGGGUGAAUUUAUUAGUACUGACACUCGGGGUAUUUUUUAUCUAGAAACCAAUUCAGAACCACCGUUUGGAAAAGGUGUAAUCUAAAACAAAGAUGGUGGAGA